AGACAUUGCUAGCAUCUCGUGCUCAUCGGUUUGUCGUUUAGAAGCUUCAUUCAUUCAUCACCAUCCCCACCGAUCACGUCGUGGCGAUGUGGCCCUGUGCUGUCCUGUUAUUGUGUCAUUUCUUUAUUAGCAGCGUGCAGGCAAACUGUCUGGUGCAGUACGAACAGGCAGCAACGGGAGUGGGAGAGACCAAGGCUACCUUCAACAGUACACCAUACUGUGCGUAUUAUGGUGUCAGAUACGGAGAGCCGCCGACCGGAAGCCUACGAUUUCGUCAUUCAAUAGUGCAUCAACCGAGUGGAUCUCUAAACUACACCACACCCGGGAGUGUCUGUGCCCAGUACAAUAAUCCAUUCACUCGGGACUUUGUCAUUGGUAGCGAAGACUGUCUAUUUGCAAACAUCUACACGCCUCGUGUUAAAGAAAGCACGGAAGCAGCGGCAUAUCCUGUGCUAGUGUUCGUUCACGGUGGAAGUUACGCGGUUGGACAUGGGGAAAAAGACAUUAACGGGGCUGAUCUACUAAUAGAUAGUGGUGUUGUUGUGGUGACCUUUAACUACCGGCUCAAUGUUUUAGGAUUUCUGAAAACAAACAAAUUCAACAUCAGUGGCAACUUUGGGCUGAAAGAUCAAACCACACUGUUGCGGUGGGUGCAGCGGUACAUUGGCAACUUCGGCGGUGAUCCUGCGCAAGUUACACUGCUCGGUCAUAGUGCGGGAGCCGGCUCGGUAACGCACCAUCUAUACAUACCCCAGUCGAAAGAUCUCUUCCAUCGUGUGAUUGUACUGAGCGGAUCGCUGCUAGCGUCCUGGUCCUUUAUGUACAAUCCGCGACUCUGCACGGAGUCGUACCUGAGUGAUCUACAACCCAAAACUGCGGUAGAGUUUCGUACCAGAGCUGUUGAAGAUUUUUUCAUCCAAAAUGGAACGACCGGAUUUGCGUUUGGGUUCGCUUCGAUGGGUACUCCUUGCCUCAUACCUGAGCUGGAACAGGAAGAGAUCGAGCGAGAUAACUACACCGUGAAUGCACCUCAUGUAUCCGUGCUAAGCCCACCGAUUACAAAGGUUCCAAUACUGAUAAGUGAAACGGCACGUGAAUUUGUCGACCAAUUGAAGCAUUUAGAUGGGUUUCGCUUCUACCCAAAUAUUCCUCAAAAUUGGACCGCGCAAAAGGUUGGUGCACUAAUUUCCUUUGUUCAUAAUUUUACAUCCCAGUUGGUGGCGGCAGGUCAUGUUAAUUCCAGUGAGGAGGUGUUUCAACAGAUAGCAGAUGUAGCAAAUCUACGAUAUCCUAUGAGACGGUUGGCGCAGGAUUUAGCUCAAACACUGCACGGAACGAUGCCCGUGUACUAUCUUCGAUUUGAGUUUGAUGGACAGUUUGGGAAGGCAAAGUAUAAGGAGUAUAUUAGCUAUCUGCCUAAUUCGCAGUACGGUGCCAUACACGGGGAUGAUUUGGGGUACAUUUUUUCACCCUACAAUCUGGAGGAGGCCCUUGCGAAGGCGGACCAGUACCGGGAGGAAUGGAGGAUACAUCGCUGGACAGUGGAGUUGAUUGCUAACUUUAUCAAGCAUGGCAAUCCAACACCAACUCCCAGUAAGCUUUCGAACAUCACCUGGACACCCUGGAAUGGGAAUGACUCAGCUAACCCAUACUUAAACAUCGAUAAAACGUUCGAUAUGCGAGAGUUUAAGGAUGAUAGAAUCUUUCGCUUUUGGGCUGAAGUGUACAACUGUUUGUAUUAUAAAGUUUGUAAGUAUGACUGGUGAUGGUGAAGCUGGUGGUAGGGGUGUUUCGAUAGCAAUAAAAAUAUACAACAAAGGGGUAUAAGCUGCCGAUUUCCUGAGAGCAAGGAUAAAGAUUUUCCAGCAAACGCUACCCUCUCGAUACAUUCAAUUUUAAAACCAUCAACUUAUCCUUACAAUAUGUAGGCUUAGUCCUUUUUCCUCGCAUCUCUUCCCGAACCAAAAGUGAUGUCAAUUUAAUCCCUGUGACAAUUUUGUCUGAAACUUUUUGCCCCCCCCCACUCGUUAGCCCCAUAGGUACGUAUUCCUAACUCUGCGUGUAAAGGGUUCAUCGAACGGAAGCUUAUCCCGGAAUCAACCCCUUCUGCUCGAGCGUUGUUAAAGUGGAUAUAACUUUUCAUUACGCUGAUGUUUCGUUUAAAAUUUAUUAUUGUUACUCCCACCUCUUACGCUAACCUGUGCAGGCUUUGUGUAGGCUUUGGAAGUUUACGAGAAUUUAUGUCCCCAGGAAACGGAGCCGAAAAUUGUCGAAACGAUCAUCGGCUUCAUGAAGGCGUCGGUGAAGCAGACCUGCCACCCCCCAUUUUAGCCCGCCUUAUCUUGGCGACCAAAAAUUAUUGCAAAACAUUUAAGCAACUUCUACCCCUGCUUUUGGGGAAGCACUUCAUCGGGCCGGAGGUCGGAGAAGAUCAGCUUAAUAUCUUUAUUAUCGCUAUCUGCCAUACCUGAGAUGGGAAAGAGUUCGAAUCGUUUGCGUUCACGGUAGUCUUCAUCGGCUGCAGCACCAGCUUGAAUGGACGGUUAUUCUUUCCCAUUCCUUUCCAUCACCGGGGUUGGCAGCGUUUGUUUUAACAGGCAGUUUGUGCUUUGCCGAGUUCAGCGAGUCUGGCUGGCUUAUUUGAUCAGCCACCUUGCCUUCUACGGGGCUACGGUGACUUUGGUGAUGAAAUUAUGAAGUAAUAAUAAAAUUUAUGGUCGACAGCUCGUGGCAGAGCGUUGUCACCGAGUGGAGGCGUAGAAUAUGUUGUUUCUUCGGGCUGGCCAAUCCGAAGAAGAUGUCUAUAGCACAUAAAGUUUAUGGGUGAAAAACUCAAACGGUUUACGUUGACAGUCGGAGUUGGUCUCACGCUGAAUAAAAUAUGAUUCGAUCAAUUCCAAGCACUUUAUGAGACGGUUAUUAAAGGGUUUCCUUAAAGUUGCAGAUUCUAGCAGAAUGAUUAUGAAAUACUCUAAAAUAGUUACAUCAAUGAAGCUUAAAAAUAAUAAAAGUUCGCUAAAAAAGUAAAAA